GUAGCGUUCGUUGGUCACCAAAAUGUCAACAAACCCAGAAACCUAACCUCAAAACUAUUUUCAAAUUUAUCUUUAAAAACUGUUACGGUUUCAAGUUUCAAAUUAUAUUAUGCAACAAUUAGAAAAUUGCACGUGAAUAAAAAAAAAGAAAUAAAUAAAAUCAUGUCUCAUCGGGUACACGGUACCGCGAAUAACAUGAAUAUUGACGUCGUACACUGCGAAGGUUACACCACGAGACUUCAACAACGCAAGAAACAAGACGUACAUGGUGGUAAAGCGCAGCCCAUGAUGGCAAUAACGAGGGGCGAACGAGCCACUUCUAGACCGAAAUCUGUCAUCCAGCAGUUGCAGCAAUCACAACAAGUGUCGCGACCGAAAACUACCAACGUCCGUAGACCAAAUGAGGCCUUCAAAAGUGAACCAACAACCAGUAGCGUAGUCCACAAAGAAUUGUAUACUGAUAAUCCAGCCCUUGUCGAAGUUACAGUGAAAACUCACAAUAUAAAACAACGUUCCAGGUCGAAUAGUGUGAAUAAACGAGAACCGUGGAGUAAACUGUUGAAGAAUGAGGGAAGUUAUGAAAAUGUUUCUUCUUUUACGAACUUUGACCCGAUUCGGACGUUACAUUUUAUAGCUAAAGAGUUACAUAGCAAGUUAUUAGAUAGUUUACCAAAUGAUAAAAGCAUUCAACAAAUGGUAAUAGACAUGCAAGUAGCUUUAAGUAGAAUUCCUCCAGAAGUAGCAUCAUGUGUAGCUCUACAUUUAGACAGCCCACCUGUAAAUAUGGUACAAAAAGAAACAUCCACAGAAAGCCUUAAAUAUGCACCUUACGUAAAAGAAUAUGAUGAUAUCCCUAUACAAGUUGUAAAAGCACCAACGUUUGAUAAAAGUUGUCAAACAAUAAGAACAAAUUACAUAGAAGCAGAUAAAUUUCAAAAACAUUUAGAAGAAAGUUCAGCUAAAAUUGAAACCGCAUGUAAACAAAUGGAAAAUGUUUGUACUCGCUUAAAAUCAGAAAAAGAAGAAUUAGAAAUUAUGUUAAGAGCCGAAAAAGAAACCGUUAAGUUUUUAAGGAAACAAAUGGAGGAAUGUGAAUAUGAAAAAACUGAAGCUACAAACACAAAAUUAAUAACACUUCAACAAGAACGAGAUAGUUAUCACUUACAAGUAAAAAGAUUAAAAGCUCAAAUAGAAUCUAAUCAAUCAAAUUCAGCGCAAGAGUUAAAAACUGUUGUACAAGAAUUGCGUAAACAAAAAACUUUAGCAGAUGAACAAAUAGCGCUUUUAAAUCAUAAUUUAACAUUGACCACCAUGGAAAAGGAAAAAUUUGUUGCAAUCCUUUCAGCUAGAGAUAGGCAAAUCAAGGAAAUACGAGGCGAAAUGUCGCAAUUGCAAGAAGUCGUAAACGAGCAGUUGGCAGAUCUCCAAAAUUCACCUUCCUCCAUAACUUCAAGCAUCACGAAUAUUACAAAUGAUUGGAUGAAUAAAAAUAAAGAUAUUACUCAAAAUUCGGACACUACAGUUCAAGAACCACUAGCUCAUCAUAUGUAUAGAGAAAAAGAAAAAGUAUUUAGAGAGUGUCCAUCUGGUGAUAGUACAAUGGUUUUUAAAGAGAGAGAGCGAAAAGAUGUUCAUAAAAAAAUGGACCAACCGAAUGAAAUUCAAAGUAAUAUUCGAGAUAUGUUUGCUGAAAUAAAAAAACAAGCUCUUAUGGUGACCACAAAUCAUGAGGACGAAGGUUUUCGGCAAGAACAACCCAGAUGAUUUAUCUAUCAGUCUGAAUCUGUUAUGUAAAAAGAUUAGAUUUUGUAAAUGAAAGUAAUCUAAAAUGUACCAAAAGCUUGAAAAUAUCUUAUUAACCAAUAAAGUCUCCAUCUCAGUUUAUAACGACGAUACUUAAUUUGUUAUGUGAUAUAAUUUUAUUGUAAUUCCAUAAAUAGUGAUAUUAAAGUACUUAUUUUUAA